GAGCUAUCGUUCGCAGUUUCGCUCUAAAACCUGACAGCGCCACCUGUCGUCUCUCUUCUUGGAAAUCAAUUUUUUCUCCCGGUGUUCAAAGUUCAAAGAAACUAUAAAACUACUUCCUUCUUAAUCCCACUGCAGUACACGCAGGCCUUCUCCUUCUUCUUCAUCAUUGAUUAUCUACACCUUCAAACAUGUGAAGUCCCACAUUCACUGAGUUUUGAGUAAAAAUGUUUACCAUAUGACUUGGCCAAUCCUUCUCUGGUGUGGUGGAUUUAUGUCCCAUUCAUUUUCGCAUUCGGCAAAAAUCUCACACAAGGUGCCCUUUUAGUUUAAAAAAGAACACACCGCCAUGGCCGCUAACUCCACUGACCGUAGAGAGGUUGUUCUCAAAAUGGAUGGGAAACGUGAUCCCACUGCCAGAAGCUUCGAACCCACUAACACUGGGAUGAUUUGGAGGGAAUCGAGCUAUGAUUUUUGGAAUGGCAAAGAGGAAGAUAAACAGAUACCAGACAAUGGGAGUGAACAUUUUGGGUUUGAUUUUUCUCAAAGUAACGCUACUGCUGCUAGAGAUAGUGCGGCUUCAUUUUCGUCCAUGGAGGAUCCACCCUCGAAGCUGAUUGGUCAGUUUUUACACAAACAAAAAGCUUCCGGUGAGUUUUGCUUGGAUAUGGAUUUAGAGAUGGCCGAACUUCAAAACGAUGCAGUCUUUGUUCACCGGAACUUGACGCCGGUUUCGGAGUCUCCAACGACAGUGAACCGCGUCUCUUUCGAUCCGAAUCCACCUGGGUCUAGCGAGUCGGUGAGGAGGAGACACCAGAAUAAAGACUCACCGAGCAAGAAGAGUACUGAUAGUGCAAAUGCUGGUGGUGGUGAUGUGGAGAUCUUGAAGUGUAGUUCUACAAACGACGGGACGUUUUCCAAUAGCUCGUCGUUUGAGAGGAAAUCGCAUUUGUUGAAGGAGAGCAAAAAGUCGAGAUUGAUGGACCCACCCCUACAGCCUCCGGAAAAAUCGGGGAGAGUGGUGGGAAGAUCAGGGCAAUUGAAGUCCGGAUUCAUAGGGAAAGGUAGCGUGAUUGAUGAUGAGGAGGAUGACCCCUUGUUGGAGGAGGAUUUGCCUGAAGAGUACAAGAAAGAUAAAUUCGAUUUUUGGAUUCUGCUUGAAUGGGUGAGUUUGAUUUUAAUUAUUGCUGCUCUAGUUUGUGGUCUUGCUAUUCCAUAUUUGAGGAAUAAAAAACUAUGGAAGCUUAUAUUGUGGAAAUGGGAAGUGUUUGUUCUAGUGUUAAUAUGUGGGAGAUUAGUUUCUGGAUGGGUUGUAAGGAUCAUUGUGUUCUUUGUUGAGAGGAAUUUUAUUUUGCGAAAACGAGUUUUGUAUUUUGUCUAUGGGAUCAAGAAAGCUGUGCAGAAUUGCUUAUGGCUGGGUCUUGUUUUGAUUGCUUGGCAUUAUUUGCUUGACAAAAAGGUUGAAAAGGAAACCAGGAGUAGAACUCUUACAUAUGUGACCAAGGUUUUGGUGUGUUUGGUGGUGGGUACAUUGUUAUGGCUUGCGAAGACUCUUGUGGUUAAGGUGCUAGCAUCUUCUUUUCAUGUAAGUACUUACUUUGAUCGGAUACGGGAGUCAUUGUUUAAUCAAUAUGUGAUUGAAACGCUUUCUGGUCCUCCAUUGAUUGAAAUAAAAAGGAAUGAGGAAGAGGAAGAAAGAAUUGCAGCUGAGAUACACAAGUUACAGAAUGCUGGUGCUACUGUGCCUGCUAGCCUUAAGGCAACUACCUGUCCAUCACCUCAGGGUUCAAAAGUAAUAGGAAGUGGCAGGAUACAGAAAAGCCCUAGAAUUGGUACACCCAAACUGUCUCGAGCUUUCUCUAAGAAAGCCAAUGAGGAAGAUGAUGGGAUAACAAUUGAUCACUUGCACAAAUUGAAUCCUAAGAAUGUUUCUGCUUGGAAUAUGAAAAGGCUGAUGAACAUAAUUCGAUAUGGUACUCUGUCAACAUUGGAUGAACAGAUACCAGAUACGAGUCAUGAUGAUGAUGAUGAGUGUGCCACAAAGAUUAGAAGUGAAUGUGAAGCAAAAGCUGCAGCAAGGAAAAUAUUCCAGAAUGUGGCCAAGACUGGGUCUAGGUAUAUUUACCUGGAAGAUAUCCUGCGUUUCAUGCAAGAAGAUGAGGCUUUAAAGGCUAUGAGUCUUUUUGAAGGAGCAUAUGAAAGCAAAAAAAUUAGCAAGUCAUGUUUAAAAAAUUGGGUGGUUAAUGCUUUUAGAGAAAGGAGAGCACUUGCGUUGACAUUGAAUGACACAAAAACAGCUGUAAACAAGCUGCAUCACAUGGUGAAUAUUUUGGUUGCGACCCUUAUAGCUGUUAUCUGGCUUCUUAUUCUAGGAAUUGCCACAAGCAAACUUCUUGUCUUUAUAAGCUCCCAACUCCUCCUUGUGGCAUUUAUGUUUGGAAACACCUGCAAAACAGUCUUUGAAGCUAUUAUCUUCUUGUUUGUGAUUCACCCUUUUGAUGUGGGCGAUCGCUGUGAAAUUGAUGGUGUUCAGAUGGUAGUAGAAGAGAUGAACAUUUUAACUACUGUUUUCCUAAGAUAUGACAACCAGAAGAUUAUAAUUGCCAACAGUGUUCUUUCCACCAAAGCCAUCAGUAACUACCAUCGCAGUCCUGACAUGGGAGAUGCUGUUGAGUUCCUUAUUCACAUAGCAACCCCAGCUGAAAAGAUUGCAGUCGUUAAGCAACGGAUAACUAGUUAUGUCGAUAACAAGAAGGAGCAUUGGUAUCCUUCACCCAUGAUCAUAUUCAAGGAUAUGGAAGACCUGAAUAGGGUGCGAAUCGCAGUAUGGUUAACCCAUAGAAUGAACCACCAAGACAUGGGAGAGAGGUUUUCAAGGAGAGCCCUCUUGCUGGAAGAGAUUGUUAAAAUCUUCAAGGAACUUGACAUUCAGUAUCGCCUGCUUCCUCUUGAUAUCAAUGUUCGUACAUUGCCUCCUGUGUCAUCAGAACGUGUUCCUCCGAGUUGGAUGAUCUGAGUGAGUAAACAAAGAGUAGUGUCUUCUAGUGUCAAAAAGUUUCUUUUGGGACACCAAGUGAACAACUAUAGUAGGUAGCCCUCUGGUGAAUGAGAACUGUCCUAGUGUUCUACAAUUUUGGCUUCUUUCUUGUCAAAAUAUGAACAAUAUGGCAGAACCUUUAGCCAAGUCCUAAUCAUUUUUCGGUGUAAGCUGCAUAGAUAUCGUUUAGUUAGGGAUAACAAACACUAGACGUCUUAAAUUUUUAUUUAUUUUAUGAUCAAGUGCUAAUAUAUUAAAAAUCACUUCUUGUUCA